UCGCAGCCCCUCCUGCCAAACAUACAUCAGGCCAAAGCUGCUAUAGUAGACCACGCCAAACAGCCGACAGCAAUGCACCAUCGUGACCAUCACAAUGUCUCGCCAUCUAUUCAGACCGAUACUCGCAUGCAGCCGUAACUUUGCUCGACCUCAACAGCUACGAGCACUGUCGACCGCCAAACCCAAUGCCGUGAGAAUCAUUGAGGUUGGCGCGCGCGAUGGCCUACAAAACGAGAAGAAGAGUAUACCAGUCGCAACCAAGAUUGAGCUCAUUGAGAGACUUGCAAAGACGGGACUGAAGGAUAUUGAGGCAGGAAGUUUUGUCUCUCCAAAAUGGGUUCCGCAGGUAAGCUUUUCCAGGAAGAUUGGCAAUUGCAAUGAUGUUAUCAGGGAUCAAUACUUAUGACCCAAAGAUGGACGCCUCAGAUAAAAUCCUCGAACACCUCCUCAAGAACCCGCCCAAGGCCCCCAACCCCGUGGCCUACUCCUUCCUAGCACCCAAUGCCAAAGGUCUCGAAAACGCCCUUUCUGUCCUCCAUGCAAACCCUCAGACCGACACCGCCUCCAAACCCAUCGAGCUCUCGGUCUUCGCAGCAGCCACCGAGAGCUUCUCCCAGAAGAACCUCAAUUGCUCCAUAGCCGAUUCCCUCCUCAAAUUCCGUGAGGUAAUCAAAGGCGCAAAAGACGAAGGUCUCCGAGUCCGGGCCUACAUCUCCGUCGUCCUAGGCUGUCCCUUCGAAGGCUACGAUGUUGAUCCCAAAAAGGUCGCCGAGAUAGCUUGCGACCUGAUGGAAAUGGGUGCUGACGAGAUUGCAUUGGGCGAUACGACGGGUAUGGGAACAGUGCCUCGAACCGCUGAAUUGCUCAAGGCUUUAAAAGCUGCGGGUUUACGAAGUGAGGAUCUAGCCAUGCAUUUUCAUGAUACGUAUGGCCAGGCGUUGGUCAAUACGGCUGUAAGCUUGGAGAGUGGCAUUAGGAGUUUUGAUUCGAGUGUUGGCGGCUUGGGAGGUUGUCCCUAUAGUCCUGGCGCUACGGGAAAUGUGAGUACCGAGGAUAUGGUUUAUUUUAUGGAGAGUUUGGGCUUGGAUACCGGAGUUGAUCUUGAUGCUGUGGUUGAUAUUGGGGACUGGAUUACCAAGGAGAUUGGUAAGAAGAAUUCUAGUAGUGUUGGCAAGGCUAUUCUCGGAAAACGGUAG